AUGGACGCUUCUUCUACGUUGAGCAGGAUCAAGUCCUCAACCAACCUGAUCAGCAGCUCCACAACCAGCAACAAUUUAUCCUGCAGAUGGAAAGGAAGCUCCAUGGAUUACAUAAACCGUGUGGAGCAGCAGCGCUGCAACAAGAACACCAGGAAAACUCACAGUCAGAUCGAGAUGAGACGGAGGGAGAAGAUGAACACCUUGAUAGAUGAGCUGGCCUUCUUACUGCCCACAUGCAACACCAAGUCACACAAACUGGACAAACUGUCAGUGCUGCGUUUGGCGGUCAAACACAUGAAGACGCUGCCAGGUUCUGCUGCCAACCAGUUCACAGAGGUGAAUUAUAAACCUGCGUUCUUACCAGAUGAGGAGCUCAAAAACUUAAUACUGAGGGCAGCUGACGGCUUCCUGUUUGUUGUUGACUGUGAUCGAGGGAAAAUACUGUUUGUUUCUGAAUCAGUAUACAACAUCCUGAACUACAGCCAGAAUGACCUGAUGGGCCAGAGUCUGUUUGAUUUCUUGCAUCCUAAAGACAUUUCCAAAGUCAAGGAGCAGCUGUCGUCAGCACCACAAGAGGGAUUCACUGACGCCAAAACCCUUCAUUAUAAAGGCUUCUGCACCAUUCACAGCAGUGGAUACUUAAAGAGUUGGUCCCCAAUAGAGAUGGAUGAAAACCUCCAUGUGGCCGGUGAUGGAUGCAGCUUCAGCUGCCUGGUGGCUGUCGGUCGGCUGCAUCUUCACUCUGUUCUCCAGCCGGUGAUGAAUCAGGUCAAGGUGAAGCCUGUGGAGUUUGUUUCACGGCACGCUACUGACGGGAAGUUUGUCUUUGUAGAUCAAAGGGUCGCUGGCAUUUUGGCUUAUUUCCCUCAUGAGCUCCUGGGAACUUCGUUUUACGAAUACCUUCAUGAAGACGAUAUUGCUCAUUUGGCAGAAUGCCACAGACAAGUGCUGCAGAUGAGAGAAAAGAUCGAUACAAACUGCUACAAGUUAAAAGCAAAGGACGGCUCAUUCAUCACGCUAAGAAGCUGCUGGUUCAGUUUUAAGAACCCUUGGACCAAAGAAGUGGAGUACAUCGUCUCCACCAAUACAGUCGUCACAUCUUCAGUUGACUUACCUGAGAGCAGUUAUCAGUGGCCUGCUGCCUCCCACCACACCAUGUCCACUGUCCUGAUGCCAGGAGAAGGGAGGCUCGAUCUCCAAACGGUGCCGGGAAUUCCCGGUGGUACGAGAUCUGGUGCUGGGCCGAUGUUGGAAACCCCGAGGUUGGACAUGUCCACUGUGAGCUCAGAGGGUCAGAAGGUGUUUGACGAAGACGUUUCCUCUGUGGUGUCUGCAGCUCUGGUCCAGCUGGUGGGGGGUCGGGGGGACAACAUGGCUGUGGUUGGAGAGAAGGAACCAGGCAGCAGAGGACAAGAAUACUCACUAAUGCAGGAGGUCGCUACAACACAUCAGGAGGAAGAGGAAGAGGAGUCUCGGCCUCCAUCUUCAGGACCAACUGAAGGAGUUCAAAACUUGAAACUGGUUUGGUUAUAA